AUGGUAGCUGUAAAAAUCAUUAUCCAAAAAACUUCUGUGAACACACAACUCAUGCCGAAGACAGCUAUCCAUACUAUAGGAGAAGGGAAAUGGCAGAAAGAUAACUGUCCGCAGCUGGUUAAAUAUUUAUACAAGUACGUCUUUAAAGGACACGAUCUUAUCAGUUUCAAAAUUAUAUCUGAUGAUUCCCGUCCUGAUGUCGAUGAAAUUAAAGAAUUCCAGCAGGGAAGAUGGAUUUCACCUCCUGAGGCUUUUUGGCGCAUCUUUGAAUUUAGGCUAAACGAGAUGACUCCAGCUGUCUAUACUCUCCAAGUUCACCUACCUGGGCAGCAGCUUAUCACUUUCAACAAAAACUCAGACCUUUUGCAGCUACUGAGGAAAAUUGAUUUCUCAAAGACCAUGUUAACUGAGUUCUUCAAGAUGAACAAAACGAAUGCAAAGGCUGAAACGUUGAAGUGCUUUUAUAGGGAAUUUCCAGAACAUUUUGUUUGGUCUUUUAAAUUUAAAACUUGGACUGAGAGAAAGCGUAAAAAAGCCAUUGGAAGGCUGGUCACGGUCAGCCCUCGUGAAGGAGAGAGAUAUUACCUUAGACUCCUGCUAACUCAUGUUCGAGCACCUACGUCAUUUGAUGACCUGUUAACUAUUAAUGGCCAAAAAAUGAAUUGCUUUAGAGAUGCUGCUUUGGCCUUUGGACUUUUACAGUCUGAUACAUAUAUACAAGAGACUCUUGAAGAAGCAGUUGUUUUCCAAAUGCCAUCCUCUUUGAGACUGUUAUUUGCUACUAUUCUUGUUCAUUGUGCUCCAGCGGAUCCUAAGUUUCUUUGGGACAAAUUUCAGCUAGAUCUCUCUGCAGAUUACCAGCGAUCCCAACAUCUUUGUUUUUAUACGGCUGAAGAAAUUAGAAAUAAAGUCCUACAGGAAAUUAAAAGAAUGGUCGAACAAAUGGGUAAAAGCUUUGCUGACUACCACUUAGCUGUAAACACUUCAGCAGAUGUUCACUCUGAUCAGCUAACAAAGGAAAUUGAAUGUGAGAGGAAUAUUGAAGUUCUGGCAGAGGAUCUUCUAAUGCCUUUUAGAUUGAAUGUUGAACAACGGCAUGCCUAUGAUUUAAUUCUCCAGUCAGUUUUCUCUCCUGUUGGCCAAAGUUUUUUUAUUGAUGGCCCUGGAGGAACUGGCAAGACCUUCCUAUAUAGGUCUCUUCUAGCUACUUUGAGAUCCCAAGGCCACAUUGCCAUUGCGGUUGCAACGUCAGGUGUCGCAGCCUCUAUUCUUCCAGGAGGAAGAACAGCCCACUCUAGAUUUAACAUACCGUUAGAUUUUUCUAGAAAUAAAACCUGCCAGAUUAGUAAACAGGGCAGUAUUGCAAGAUUACUUUUUCAAUCAAGGUUAAUCUUGUGGGACGAGGCUUCAAUGGCCAAACGAGAAACUGUUGAAGCCUUUGAUGGUUUGCUUAGAGAUAUAAUGGACUGUGACGAUCCAUUUGGAGGAAAAAUAGUUGUUUUCGGUGGCGAUUUUCGUCAAACUUUGCCAGUUAUCAGACAGGCUACAAAACAGGUUCUUAUAGAAUCUAGUCUUCCUAGCUCUCAUUUGUGGUCUUCCAUGCAAAAGCUCCAGCUGGUACAAAAUAUGCGAGCCAUCUUAGAUCCAGCAUUCUCAGAACUCCUAUUGAGAAUAGGAGAAGGAAGAGAAGCUGUUGAUAGGCAUGGUGAAAUAACUUUACCUUCUGAGAUGGUCAUUCCUUAUACUGAAAAAGAAGAAUCUUUGAACAGGUUGCUUCAAUCUGUUUUUCCGGAUUUAACUAUGUAUUCAAAAGAUCCUUAUGGUAUGAUCAAUAGAUGUGUCCUUGCUCCAAAAAAUAGCUCAGUGGAUGAAAUAAAUGACCUAAUGAUCAGAAGAUUUUCGGGAAAUCUUCAUGUCUAUGUCAGUUCUGAUAGAACCGUUGAUCCACGACAUCAAGGAGACUAUGAAGAUUUCUUGAAUUCUCAAAAUCCAAAAGGCCUUCCUCCUCACAAGCUACUGCUCAAAGAAAAUUGUCCAAUCAUGCUUAUAAGAAACCUGAACCCUACAGAAGGAUUGUGCAAUGGUACACGACUCAUUUGUAGAGAGCUGAGGCAGAAUACUAUCUGUGCAGAAAUUGCUUUUGGUCAGCAUCAAGGAAAGAGAAUUUUCUUCCCUAAAAUUCCUUUACAAGUGUCUGAUGAUGACAAAAAUGGCCUGCCAUUUAUAAGAACACAGUUUCCUAUUCGUGUUUGUUUUGCCUUGACAAUCAACAAAUCCCAAGGGCAAACACUAGAUUAUGUUGGAAUCUACCUUCGCGAACCAGUUUUUUCUCACGGCCAACUAUAUGUUGCUUUAUCUAGAGUUAAAACUUCUGCAGCACUUAAAGUUCUUAUUCUGCCUGGAACUUUUGAUGGUAUAAAAAUAGAUUGCAAGACUAGAAAUGUAGUAUUUCAGGAAAUACUUCAGCUAACUGAACACUAG